CGAUCCGCGGCCCGCCAACCCAUCGAUUUGAGUGUACGAAUGGGCGUUUCGCCUUUGAUCCAGCCGCAAUCUCACUAACCCGGCGACCCGUUUUCUGAGCUGUCCCGGGCCGGCUGCGAGAGCACCUCGCCGUACACUUGACGAACCGGUGCGACUGGCCAUCGGGGAUAACUCCGGGAAGCGCGGAAGCCGUGUCACUGCUGGGUUCAAGCGUCGGUUGACAUUUUGUUGACAUUUCCGACCCUCUUAGACUCCGGCGCGGUCGAGCGCACACAACGGCGAUGCUACGAAGCGCAUUCGGGGUCUUCGACGCCCUUUUGGGAGGAAGCGCGGCGCCGCGGAUCUUUUCGCGGGGCACUGCUGGCAGGAGAAUAUGGAUGGGUAGGGCGUCGGCCAGGGCGCCAGCCGCUCCGUGGCACCAGAGGGCAAUGAUGUCGCAGCUGAGGACCUCGCGGUCCGUGGUCGCUCGCACCCAGCUCAGGCCGUUGAAGACGCCGCUUGCUAGGCCGAGACGGGCAUUCCAUACUUCGCGCCCGCGGCGCGCAGAUGACACGAAGAACGGGAAUAAAGCCGGCGAGGAGUCGCUGUCGCUCAGCGCAAGGCUAAAAAAACUGUCGAAGGAGUAUGGGUGGACGUCGGUCGGGGUAUACCUGGGCUUGUCGGUGCUGGACUUUCCGUUUUGCUUUCUGCUUGUCCGCACCGUGGGCACCGAGAAGAUUGCCCAUCUCGAGCAUAUCGUGGUGUCGAACGUCCAGAAAGUGAUUCCCGAACGAGUCCAGGCUUGGUGGCGGGAAUACCGCCAAGCCCUUGAGGAGGCCAGGAGAGAGCGAGCCGGCGAAACUGCGGAGCUCGCCGUUAUCUACCACGGUGUCGAGGAGGCCGAACAGAGGAGCAAGCAAGAGGGUGCAAGCCUGGCCACGCAACUUGCGCUCGCCUAUGCCGUCCACAAGAGCUUCAUCUUCUUGCGCGUGCCGCUGACGGCUGCGGUCACCCCGAAGGUGGUCAAAGUGCUCCGGUCGUGGGGUUGGCAGAUUGGCGCGCGAAAGGCCAAGCGGUGAGGUAGACACCAUCCGCACUCUCGGCAGCAAGGCUGCCAGCGUCGAGGGGUUGCAUCUUGGGACGGCGGCGUUCGGCGAGCGGCAACUGCAUUUGCACGGGGGAACCGGCAUCUCCGCAUACAAGUAGACUGUAAUCUGUACCAUCACCGUGUACUAUUCACUGCAUAGAAAUUCCACCACACAUCCCAUCCCAA